ACGUUACCGCUGAGCAGAGGAGAGCAAUGUUUUACAUUUCGACUCCAAAAAGAAAAUACGACACCGAUGUGCAAAAACAAGGCGUGUAACUUGUUAACUAUCGUCAGCGUAUUCAGAAUAUGUCAUUUCUAUAAUUAUUGCAUGUUCCGCUUUACAGGUAUUAACGAGCAAAAUUCCGAAUCUUUAAUAUAAAAGCUAACUAAACGUUACACCACAUUGGACUUUGGCAGUGUUGUCACACUGACUGCACUAUGUUCCCUGUGAUUUACGUGUUCAUGUUGGGGAGAUAGCUAGUAAUACUGGUGUUACAAAGAUGAAGUUGUCUUCUGUUGUCGUAACAUUGAUAUUAACGGUGGGUGUUCCUUAUUACAUCUAUACACCGUUACCUGCUGCCAUCGAGGAGCCUUUGAAACUGAUGCUGCUGGACGCCUUUUUCCGUGCUAUGCUGCAAGUGGGUGACCUGUGCCAGUAUCUGGGUCUCAGUCACCACAUCACAAUGAUUCGGGGGCCCACAUUGGGGCUGGGGUCCCCGGGGGAGAUGGCGGGAGGACAGGGAGGCAGGGUGAGGGUGAGUGACGUGGACUUUGACAGAGUCCCGGUGCGCGUGUACGAGCCCCCCGCCGCAGGGGGAGGAGAGGGGGGUCUGAGGAGGGCUGUGAUGUUCUACCAUGGAGGAGGAUGGGCCCUGGGGACCACCAAGAUGGGGAGCUAUGAUGUCUUGUGUAGGCAGAUGUCUGAUGAGCUGAAUGCAGUGGUUGUGUCUGUUGAGUACCGUCUGGCUCCAGAAGUGCAUUUCCCUGUGCAGUAUGAGGACUGUCUGGCUGCGGCCAAGCACUUCUUGGAGCCGGGCAUUCUGGGAAAGUUGUCUGUGGAUCCACAGCGCGUGGCUGUGUCAGGCGACAGCGCUGGAGGAAAUCUCGCUGCAGCGGUCGCACAGCAGAUCUCGGUAGAUGACAGUGUGAGUGUGAAGUUCAGUGUUCAGGCGUUAAUCUACCCAGUCCUCCAGGGUCUAGACCUCAACACUCCAUCCCACCAACAGAACCACAACAUACCCAUGCUACACCGCUUUAUGAUGGCCAGGUUCUGGCUGCUCUACCUGGGGGUUGAUACCUCUCUCCAUCCCAUCCUCUUGUCCCCCUCCUUACUCCAUCAUCCCUCCAUCCCUCCCUCCGUCCGCUCCCAUCUCAACUGGACCACCCUUCUGCCGGCCAAACACAUUAAGCAUUACAAGCCUGUUGGCAUGGAGACGGGGUCAUGGGAGGUCACAGGGCAGGAGGGUGAUCUUCUCCCGGGGUUGCUGGAUGUCCGAGCGGCGCCGCUGCUGGCGGAGCAGGGGGUUCUGGGUAGAACGCCGCGAGCUUACAUCCUAACGUGUGAGUACGAUGUGCUCAGAGACGAUGGGUUGAUGUACACCAGGAGGCUACAAGACGCGGGCGUCGCUGUUUCCAGCCAUCACUAUGACGACGGUUUCCACGGCGCCUUAAGUUUUGCGCACUCGCCGUUUUACUUCGAUGUGGGGAAAAGAAUGAUCAGAGGAUACAUGGACUGGCUGCAGGAAAACCUCUAGAGUCCUAUUUCUAGAAUAGAUUGGGUUAAAUUAUGCAAUGUGCACAACUGGGUUAUACAUCAAUGCAAUCUAUAUAGAAUUGUGCCUAGAUGGAAAAACAAUGAGGACUCAAAAGGUAGGGUCAUACAACACGAUCCCUGGUGCUGUAAAAAGCAAUAACAAACCUUGAAAAUGAAGUAUGUUCUUUAGACGGGGUAUUGAGUGAGGACUUUUCAACCCACAACACAGAGCUUGAUUGUUUUCCACUGAACAGAAUGAUCUCAGUUGUCCCCAGUAACUGCUGCUGGGUGUCAGUACUUUAUGUACAAUUAUGAUUGUAAUGGUUGAUAGAUGUUUAACCCUCCAAUAAAUACUGAUCAGUU